AGAGCGAGUGAGACCCGCGGGCCUGGCCGGGGACAACCUAGGCUGCGGCCAUGGAGGACCAGAGGGAGGCUCUGCGGAAGAUCAUCACGACACUGGCUGUGAAAAACGAAGAGAUUCAGAGUUUCAUUUACUCCCUCAAGCAGAUGCUGUUGAACGUGGAGGCGAACUCGGCCAAGGUGCAGGAGGACCUGGAAGCCGAGUUCCAGUCGCUCUUCUCCCUCCUGGAGGAGCUGAAGGAGGGCAUGCUCAUGAAGAUAAAGCAGGACCGUGCCAGCCGCGCCUACGAGCUGCAGAACCAGCUGGCUGCCUGCACGCGAGCUCUGGAGAGCUCUGAGGAGCUUCUGGAGACGGCUAACCAGACCCUGCAGGCCACAGACCGCGAGGACUUUCCUCAGGCUGCCAAGCAAAUCAAAGAUGGUGUGACAAUGGCCCCCGCCUUCCGGCUGUCAUUGAAAGCCAAGGUCAGCGACAACAUGAGUCACCUCAUGGUGGACUUUGCACAGGAGCGGAGGAUGCUACAGGCACUCACGUUCCUGCCUGUGCCUAGCGCCCCUGUGAUCGACCUGGCCGAGUCCCUGGUGGCCGACAACUGUGUAACCUUGGUGUGGCGCAUGCCGGACGAGGACAACAAGAUUGACCACUACGUGCUGGAGUAUCGGCGGACCAACUUUGAGGGCCCGCCCCGCCUCAAGGAGGACCAGCCCUGGAUGGUCAUCGAGGGCAUCCAGCAGACAGAAUACACCCUGACCGGUCUCAAGUUUGACAUGAAAUACAUGAAUUUCCGUGUGAAGGCCUGUAAUAAGGCAGUUUCAGGCGAGUUCUCUGAGCCAGUGACCCUGGAGACACCAGCGUUCAUGUUCCGCCUGGAUGCAUCCACAUCCCACCAGAACCUGCGGGUGGAUGAUCUCUCCGUGGAGUGGGACGCCAUGGGCGGGAAGGUGCAGGAUAUCAAAGCUCGCGAGAAAGAUGGCAAGGGGCGGACGGCGUCUCCCGUCAACUCCCCAGCCAGAGGUACUCCAUCUCCCAAGAGGAUGCCCUCGGGUCGUGGGGGACGGGAUCGCUUCACAGCUGAGUCCUACACGGUGCUGGGGGACACGCUGAUUGACGGCGGGGAGCAUUACUGGGAGGUGCGCUACGAGCCGGACAGCAAGGCUUUUGGCUUGGGGGUGGCCUACCGCAGCCUGGGCCGCUUUGAGCAGCUGGGCAAGACAGCCGCGUCCUGGUGCCUGUACGUCAACAACUGGCUGCAGGUCAGCUUCACUGCCAAGCACGCCAACAAGGCCAAGGUGCUGGACACCCCCGUGCCCGACUGCCUGGGCGUGCACUGCGACUUCCACCAAGGUGACUCCGAGCCCCCGCUGACCUCUCCGGCCACCCCUGUCCGCCGUCUCUCUGCCCAAACCCCUCUUACCGGUCCCCCUGUCCCUCUUGCCCUCCACCCCAGGCCUCCUGUCCUUCUACAACGCCCGCACCAAACAGCUGCUGCACACCUUCAAGGCCAAGUUCACACAGCCACUGCUGCCGGCUUUCACGGUGUGGUGUGGCAGCUUCCACGUGACGGCAGGCCUACAGGUCCCCAGCUCUGUGCGCUGCCUGCAGAAGCGGGGCAGUGCUACCAGCAGCUCCAAUACCAGCCUCACCUAGGCCUCGGGACGGCCCCUCAGCCGGGCUGAUUUUGGGGGGACGCCUCCAGGCCUCGGCAGUUUCGGCUGGGCACCCUCCUCUCACUUGCU